AUGCCGCGGCUCCUCCUCUCAAACGGCGACCGGCUGCCGCACGAGGUGAUCGAGGCUGUACUGGACUGCUUAGGCGUCAUGGGAUGUCUCCGGGGCUUCAUCUCUGCCUUCCUGGUUGGCCUGAGCUUUCGUGUGCUGGUAGGCAAGGUGCUCAGCGAUCCCAGAAACAUUACCUCUGGUGUCCCACAGGGAACAGUGCUGAGCCCUUUCCUCGUCAACCUGGCUUUGGCAGGACUCGCAACAGCACUACCGGCUGACAGCCGCUACCCAGUCUGCUGCGCUAUCUACGCAGAUAACGUGGCGCUGAGGAUACGAGGACCCAGGAGAAGCAUCGCUGCCAUCCGGGGCUCACUACAGAGAGCAGUAGAAGUGGUCAUCUCCUUCUUCGGUGGCAUUGGCCUCUCCGUGUCCCCGGCAAAGACAGGGGCACUACUUGUACACCCACUGGCCUCCGCACGCCACGGGGUGAAACAGCUGCGCUUUGCAAACACCACCGUGCCAUAA